CCCCUCUACCUCCUCAGUUCAGUCAUAUUUGGUAGCUUUUGAUACAAGGAUUAGGGAUUAUGCUGCUGGUGAGUCUUGUGAUUCUGAAGGAAUAAGAAGAUAUAAAGUUCUUUUGUUUACAAGACUGAAAAGAUGUUGGAAGGUGGUGCUAAAUUCCCUGGAUUAAUAGAUCUCAACAAGCAUACAACUGACAACUAUUAUGAUUUCUCUCAAGGCUUUUACCAUAAGCUUGGGGAGGGUACUAAUAUGUCGAUUGACAGCAUGCAAACAAGUAAUGGUGGGGGAUCUGUUGCGAUGUCCAUAGAUAAUAGUAGUGUUGGGUCUAAUGAUUCCCAUACUCGCAUAUUGAACCACCAAGGGUUGCGGCGGCGUGCAAAUGAUAACUACUCUGUUCAAAACAGUGUAAAUCGUCGAGGAAGAGUCACACAUGCACUGAGUGAUGAUGCUUUGGCUCAAGCUCUAAUGGAUAGCAAUUCUCCUACUGAGGGACUUGAAAAUUUUGACGAGUGGACAAUUGAUUUAAGGAAGCUUAAUAUGGGCGAGGCCUUUGCUCAAGGAGCUUUUGGGAAACUCUACAGGGGUACUUACAAUGGUGAAGAUGUUGCUAUCAAAAUCUUGGAAAGGCCUGAAAAUGAUUUAUCAAAGGCUCAGUUGAUGGAAUAUAGUUCGUUUCAUUGGUGCAUGCAGAAAACCGAUGGUAUGGUGCAUCGUAACGGAAUAUGCCAAAGGGGGUUCCGUUAGACAGUCUUUAAUGAAACGUCAGAAUCGAUCAGUUCCCCUAAAAUUGGCCGUCAAACAGGCUUUGGAUGUUGCUAGAGGAAUGGCAUAUGUUCAUGGACUUGGGUUGAUCCACAGGGAUUUGAAGUCUGAUAAUCUUUUGAUUUUUGGGGAUAAAUCAAUUAAAAUUGCUGACUUCGGUGUUGCUCGGAUUGAGGUGCAAACGGAAGGAAUGACACCUGAGACUGGAACAUACCGUUGGAUGGCUCCGGAGAUGAUCCAGCAUAGGCCUUACACACAAAGAGUGGAUGUGUAUAGCUUUGGGAUUGUUCUUUGGGAGCUUAUCACUGGAAUGCUUCCAUUUCAGAACAUGACAGCAGUACAGGCAGCAUUUGCAGUUGUAAACAAAAAUGUUCGCCCGAUUAUACCCAAUGAUUGCUUACCUGUUCUCCGUGAAAUCAUGACCAGAUGCUGGGACCCCAACCCUGAUGUCCGGCCACCAUUUGCUGAAAUUGUAGGAAUGCUUGAGAAUGCAGAGACCGAGAUCAUGACAACUGUUCGGAAGGCUCGAUUCAGGUGUUGCAUGACACAACCAAUGACUGCUGACUGAUCCUGAUAAAAAAAAAAAAAAAGAAGAAAAACAGAUGAAAGAGUCAUAAGACUGAUGAUGUUUUGGAGGGAACGUGAGACUGAGGUAGUAAAGGGUUGACUAUAUUAUAGAUUUGUGUAUCAUGUGUGUUUAAUUUCUUUCUUCAGAGGGAGAAAAAUUGAAAAUCUUAACUGGAACCUUUUGUUUUAUUGGCUUUCUAUUUAUUUUCUGUUUUGAAUUAGUAAGAGGAGAUUUGUGUAUGUAAUACAUGCAUGCACUACAGUUAUGUAUAGCUUUGAAAGCAAAAAUGGUUGAAAAUCUUGUGCUCU